AUACGGAUGCUGCAGGGAGACAAUUGUUAUGUAAAGGCGUGUGACCGGACUGAAGGUUUCAAUGCGUGGCUACUGUCCUAGGAUCCGAAGUAUUCUCAAAAGUCGACACUAAUUUGAAAGUUCAAAGGCAACAGUACCAUCAUCCAGCUUUCAUAUCCAUAAAAAGUCACAGAAAAUAAGGAAAUGGCGUCUUUACGGUACCGUCGUUUUUUGAAAUUAUGUGAGGAAUGGCCAGUGGAUGAGACAAGAGUUGGCCGGGACUUAGGUGCAUUUAUUAGACAACGGGUAGCACAAGCCUUUCGUGAGGGCGAGAGCACACAGGUGGAUGAUCCAGAUGCCUGUGACGAAAUGUAUGCUAGUUUAAACAGAAUGAAUACAAACUACUACAGAGAGAAGUAUCCUCGACUCCAAGAUACAAGCUUCACUGAGGUCACUGCAGAAGAAUAUAAAAUGGUUCUGGCAUCUGACAACCUAAAGCAGAUGGAAGAGAUGAAAAAGGGAAUGUGGAAGAGACUUCGAGAUAAGUUUAAUGUUAAACCAUCAGAGGAGAAUAGCUGAAAAGAACAAACCAACUUCUUCCUUAUGCAUUCUACCACAUAUAAAUAAUCUACCAGUACACAGGGCACUUUCCUAGGUACUUUAAAGUUUGACUCAAGUUAUUGAAUGGUACAUGGAGUUUCCUUGAGUCACGCUGUUGGUGUGUUUAUCUUAAAUUUGAUAAUUCACUUGCACUGACAUGUACAAGUUACAUCUGGAAAUGUCUUCAGUGGUUUGCCAAUAAAUUUUAAUGUUUGCAAAAAAAAAAAAACCUCUGAAAAUACAGUAGCCUGAACAAU